UUAUGCUGUGCAUUUACCAUAGUUUGCUAUGGUUUACCAUUAUUUUUUAGAACCUCUAUUACACCUCGCUAGGCUUUACUACACAAUUCUAUGUUUCUACUAUGGGAAGCUUCAACUGUUGAAGUGUGGAAUAGUUACUGUGACAGUGCUAUAUUCAGACUGCCAUUCCCAACUCUCGCCUCUCCGCCCCUCUCACACUGUUUCAGCAGCUUCUGUUCAGCCUACGUAUCUAAACCUGGCCUCAGUCCAAAACCCCACCUCUUGGAGCUUUACACAAUUCCAGGAAAUCAGCACAGUGAAGUUUCGUUUAUAGUGAAACCGUCAGUCUCUCUGUCUCACUGCAGCAAAAAAUGGCAGAGACAAAUAUUCAGGUCACAGAGGAGCAGUUUAAGUGUUCGGUGUGUCUGGGGAUAUUCAAGCGCCCUGUCACUAUUCCAUGUGGACACAGCUUCUGUAUGGAGUGUAUUGAGAACUACUGGGAUAUUUCCGAUCAGUUCAGGUGCCCCCACUGCAGACAAAUUUUUAACCAAAAGCCUGUUCUUGGCAUAAACAUCAUUCUGGUUGAGUUUGUGGAGAAUUUCAAAAAGGCAAAGCUCAAUCCUCGCAGUUAUGCAGGACCUGGAGAUGUGCCGUGUGAUUUCUGCACUGGGAAAAAGUUAAAAGCUGUGAAAUCCUGUUUGACGUGCCUGGCUUCUUACUGUAAAAAGCACAUCAAGUCUCAUAGUGAAGUUGUUGCUUUCAAGAGGCACAAGCUGGUCAGUGCAAUUGGAAAUCUGGAGCAGAAGCUUUGUGCUGAACAUCACAGAGUUUUGGACGGGUUCUGUAGAAAUGAUAAGACAUGCAUUUGCUGGUUUUGUACUGACAAGGGACACAAGAGCCAUGAUACAGUCUCCGCUGAGACAGAAAGGAUAGAGAUACAGGAUCAGCUGGGGGAGACACAGACAGAAAUACAGCGGAGAAUCCAGAAGAGACUGGAGGAACAGCUAGAGCUGGUGAAGAAUGUGGAAUUGUGCAAACUUGAUGUGAACAGAGAGGUAGAGGAGAGCGAGAUGAUAUUUGAUGAACUGAUUCAACCCAUUGUGAAGAUCCGGGACGAGGUUAUUGGGAUGAUUCGAGACAUUGAGAAAAAGGAACUAGCUAAGAGUGAAGAGCCCUCGAAGAAACUGGAGCAGGAGAUUGCUGAGCUGAGGAGGAGAAGCGCUGAGCUGAAACAGCUUUCAGAGACAGAGGAUCACAUCCAUUUUCUACAGCAUAUUCACGCUGUCAUUGCCCUUUCCGAAGUUGAAGAGAUACCAGGCUUCACUGUCAAUAAGGACAUCUCUUUUGGGACUGUGAGGAAAGCAGCGUCUGAACUGAAGGGUCACAUUCAGGUCAUGUGCAAGGGGGAGUUAGCCAAGAUAACCAAAACAGUGAAUGAAGUAGCAGUUCAGCAGAGUCUACGGCCUCCAGAGCCAAACGACAGAGCAGAGUUAUUGAAUUAUUCCUGUGAGCUCACACUGGACCCCAACACAGUGAACAGGGUGCUGUGGCUGCAUGAAGGGAACAGAAAGGUGACAUGGAGGAGCACAAUGACCCAGCCAUAUCCUGAACACCCACAGAGAUUCGACUACUGGCCCCAAGUGCUUUGUAAGGAGGGUUUGUUUGGGGCUCGCUAUUACUGGGAGAUUGAGUGGAUUGGGGAGGGGGCUUAUAUAGCGGUCACAUAUAAAGGAAUCAGCAGGAAAGGAGAUGAUGUUUCCAGGAUCUUUGGCUGCAAUGACAAGUCUUGGAGUUUGCAAUGCUCUGUUUCCAAUUACUCUGCCUGUCACAAUUACAGGGAAACUGUAAUAACAGCCCCUCGCUCCCCCAGAAUAGGAGUGUAUCUGGACUGUCCUGCCGGCACUCUGUCAUUUUAUGGCGUCUCUGACACAAUGACCCUCCUGCACAGAUUCCAAACCACAUUCACUGAGCCGCUCUAUCCUGGGUUUGGAGUUACUUGCAACUCCACUUUAACAAUCCUGAGAUCUGAAGUAGACUCAGUCUUAUAAUAAUUCAUAAGCGGCACCCCCCGACAUUUUACAAAUUAAAAUAUCCCCUUCAAAGUCCUAAUGCUAAUGAUCUAAACAGCGGUAUAAACCUGACCCUGGAAACGGACUUGUGCAGUAUGGUAAAUAAGAGACUCUAGAAUAGAGAAAACAACAGAGACACGCGGUCAUGUAGGGAUUCCACCUCCAGGUUUGAACAGGCAGUCCUCUUCUUCUGCAGCAGUAGAAAUUGAAUUCGGUAGUAGACAGUAUUAUGCUGCUUACUUUCAGUGCUAUUCUGUUCCUUGCCUGUUCUAGUUUCCAGUCGGACGCUGUCUCAUGCCUUGCAGCUCAUUGUCAAUUGGAUGAAAGUAGUUCUGUUUGUGUUAUGCGAUAUCAAUGCAGUAUAAUCAAUCACUAUAUAAUUCAUAACAGAAUAGAAUGAUGUUUCAAUAAUAACGUUCACUUUUAGUUCAAGGAGGCUUUGCAGUUUCACAGCACUGUAAAGGAGGCUUUGCAGUUUCACAGCACUGUAAAGAUGAUCUUCCUACUCCAGGGUCCUGCACAGUAUAUGGUGACUGUUACUGACAUGUCUGGUAAAAUGACAGACCUGACGACUGGUCUUGUCUACUGUGAUGUGUGGGAGUUACACUGGCACUCAGGUGCUACUUCAUCCUUUAUUGUAACUUUGUGUUGCAGCUAUGCUGCUGUGCCAGUCUAACAUGCAAAACAAAAGUGUAUUGUGCUCUGGAAACAAUGGCAUUCUGAGAGGGUUAUCUUAGGUGGGUUCGUUAAACCUUUCCAAUUGUAUUUAGAAAGAAAUCAAGACAGAAUACCAAGAAAGCACGUUGGUAAUCUUAUGAGUAUGUUGUAAUCCUAGCUGUAUUACUUCUAGUUAUUUUAUGAUUUUGUUAGCUGAUGCUUCUCUUCAGUGCUGUGGGUAGUUUUUUGGGUUUUUUUAAGAUCACUUCAUGCAGAAAUAGGCCUGUGAUAAGAACACAAUGCUUUUUAUGUUAGGUCAUUAUAUAUAAUCAUUGUAUUGAUUGUGGGGAUUUCCAACUCAGCUUCAAGCUGAAAUAUAGUUGCAGGUGAUCUAUAGCACUCGAUUGUAUAAAACAACAGCACCCUUUCUAUCAGCUCACUGCUUUAUAGCACUCAACUGUAUAAAACAACAGCACCCUUUCUAUCAGCUCACUGCUUUAUAGCACUCAACUGUAUAAAACAACAGCACCCUUUCUAUCAAUAUUUUCUAAACGACCACACUUUUUCACUUCAAUUCAUCAGGUAAAAAAGAGACAUCUGUCUGUGGCUGUACAUUGGGUCUUAUCACUCUGCCAGUCUCCCAGUCUCUAUCAGGAACCACAAAUGAAUUUACUGAAAUGGUUAUCUGUAUUCGUUGUGAUAUUUCAGAGCUCAAAUUCAAUAUAAGGUUUUGUAUUUUAAUGAU